AUUUGCUCACUAGGAGCAGGAGAAGAUGGAAAGCCGAUUGCAGCAAGUGUUGAGGAGCCUUUGUUUGAAAACUGGUUGGAAAUAUGCAGUUUUUUGGAAGCUCAAACAUCGAGCAAGAAUGAUGCUUACUUGGGAGGAUGCAUAUUAUGAUGGCAACGGUUACCUCGAUAAGAAGGGGUUUAUUGAAACAGUGGGGACCACAAGUGAAGGUGCUUAUUCACAUGAUCCUUUGGGAUUAGCUAUGGCAAAGAUGCCGUAUGAAGUAUAUUCUCUUGGGGAAGGAGUUGUUGGACAGGUGGCAGUUUCUGGAAAGCAUUCGUGGAUAUUUUCGGAUCAGCAUGUUGCUGAUUCUUCCUCAUCCUCUGGUGGGUGGCAAACUCAGUUUUCAGCUGGCGUUAAGACAGUUGCAGUUGUUGCUGUCAUGCCACAUGGAGUUGUACAACUAGGCUCUCUAGAUAAAAUUGCUGAGGAUUUGAAGCUCGUCGACCAUAUCAGAAACGUUUUUGCUGAGCUGCAAGAUUCCUUAGCUCGCUAUAUUCCAAGUUCAAUAAUAAGCAACACAGUGAAUUCUUCUUUGCCAGAUACAUGCACAAGAAUUCCAGUUUCAACUGCUCAAGAUUGCCUCCCUAAAUUGAAAGGCUGCUUUCAUGAGGAUGAGGCCAAUUUGUGGUCUCAAUUCCUUUCACCUAAUAUCUAUACACACGAAAGAGAUCAGUGCUCAUUUCCUGGGAAUGAGAUUUCACUUCCCUCAACCUCCGAAAAUACAGAACGACCGGUGCAAUCUAACUGCAGUGAAAUGCCGAUAUCGCCCUUCAGUUUUCGUGCUGGCUACGAGCUGUACGAAGCACUGGGCCCACCUUUUCAGAAGCAAUAUGAUCAUGUUUGGGAGACAGAAAAAAAGGGGCCCCACAUGGAUGCUGACAUGUCCGAGGGAAUGGAGAGCUGCGAUCUGCUGAUGUCAAACUAUGAUAGUGACAUGCACCUUCUUGAUGCUGUGGUUGCCAAAGUUAGUCAAAAGGGGGAGGGCCCACAAAGCGAGUUGACUGCUGAAAAAACACCAUGCAAUAGUAUGGAUACUAUUAGUAUGACGGGCUUUUCUUCAACCAGUUCCAGUACUAGAGGGAGUACUAAGACGAGUAAAAAGAGAGCUAAACCUGGUGAAAGUUGUAGGCCGAGGCCAAGGGAUAGACAGUUGAUCCAAGAUCGAAUUAAGGAAUUAAGGGAGCUUGUGCCGAAUGGAUCAAAGUGCAGUAUCGAUUCGCUUCUUGAGCGGAGUAUUAAACACAUGAUCUUCUUGCAAAGCGUUACCAAGCAUGCUGAUAAACUACAUAAAUGCUCUGCAUCAGAGUUACUCGACAAGGACACAGGUAUGCGGAGAUUUUCCUGUCUUGAGCAGGGUUCGAGCUGGGCUGUGGAAGUGGGCAAUAAUCAAAAAGUUUACCCAAUAAUAGUCGAAAAUAUAAAUAUGAAUGGGCACAUGCUGGUUGAGAUGUUGUGUGAAGAGUGCACCAUGUUUCUUGAAAUAGCAGAAACUAUCAGAAGCUUGGGUCUGACCAUUUUGAAAGGCGUUUCUGAAGCCUAUGGAAAUAAGACGUGGGUGUGUUUCGUGGUCGAGAAUAACCGAAGCAUGCACAGGAUGGAUGUGUUAUGGUCGCUAAUGCAGCUUUUGCAACCCAAAAUAUCUAAUUGAUCUCUGACGGUAUCUAUCAAUCUACCUAUCAAUGAUUCUCGAUUUAUGUCUCGAGCAAUCGACUUUUAUAUGUUCUACACAUGGACUCUGUGUGUGUUCAAUACUAGUGUAUUUUUGUGCCUUCUUUUACUGGUCUGAUAUUUAUUUUUCUCCUAUUUAUUGAGUGAGAGUGAAUAUUUGUGCUUGAUCUAGUUUUGGUCUUGCUGUAACAUUAUUGUAUUCGUGGCGAUAUAUCGGUACUUUUUGGUCAUCUUUGAUCCGAGAAA